AUGCUUCUCGCUAACAACAGUAGCAGCUCUCGACAAGUAGAAGUUCCAAUCCAAGGAUCUUCCAAUCAAGAGGCACUACUCUCCUUUUCCAAACCAACUGAAACCACUGUUCAAUUCCAUUUGAGAAUACCAGAUCAGGAUCAUCAUAAUUCUCAACUCUAUGAAUCCAAAAUCAUGCAAGAUGAUCUCGGACUGGGUGCCAUCAUUUUGGAUCAAAAUAAUCUUUUAGUGGAAACUGUGGAUGCGAAAGAGUCUUCAUCCAAAGAAACUCGUCAAGUCAAAUUACGAUAUGGUGGAGACAAGAUCUUGGUGUUCAACAGUGUGAGUCAAGAUAAUGUGUUUUGGAGACAACUCACUCAAACUCUAUUGGAACAAGUUCAACAGUUAAGACAAGACAAUGAAGAAAUUAAAAAACAAAAUAUCGACUUGAUGAAUUUAAUCAAGGAUGGUCUUUAUAAACCAUGGAAACAAGUGGGAGUGUUGAAAGAUCUCGAAACUCUUUGGACCAAGUAUUCACCAUAUGAGUAUGAGUAUGGAAUCAAAUUCAAUACUUGCAAUGUGACACCGGUGGUCAUGCAAGAAUGGAAUCGAGGUAAAAGAGUCUUUUCUCAAUAUCCAUACUCUCAUGGGGAUAAUGCUGUAAAUCUUCAUGAAGGACGUUCCUUGUUUACCAAAGACACUGAUGAUCCAGAGAGCAAAUCUUGUUGGUACCAUCGAUACAUUAAUUCAGAAUUUAAAGUGUGUUGUGGAAGUAACAAGAUUUUUGAUAAUUGGCCUGUGUUUGUGAGAAGAAUGUAA